AUGACACAAAAAGCUGUACUGGCGGGGGACAAGUGCAUCAAAUAUGCCAACCAGGUAUGGAGUCCACACCUGGUGAAGGAUGUUGAGGCUGUGGAGAACGUGCAGCGAAGAGCAACGAAGCUGGGAAUCUUCUGUGAGUAUCUGACUCCUGUGACAUCAAGAUCAAGGUCAAGAUCAACGGAAGUAAACAGAGCAACGCUGCGGAGUCUGUCACGCCGCCCACGCCCACACAGUGCCUGCACGCCCACACAGUGCCUCCACGCCCACACAGUGCCCCCACGCCUCCACGCUCAGACAGUGCCCCCACGCCUCCACGCCCAGACAGUGCCUCCACGCCCAUACAGUGCCCCCACGCCCACACAGUGCCCCCACGCCUCCACGCCCACCCAGAAGAAGGAGAAGAAGAAGAAGAAGAAGAAGAAGAAGAAGAAGACACACAGAGAGAGAAGAGGAGGAAGAAGAAGAGGAAGGACUUGUAAUAUGGCAGACAUCAAACCAAUGAAUCGAGCGGUUGAGUGGACUCCAUCUCUUGAGGGGCGGCUUCGUAUCCCAGCGUGAUCUCCUGCAAGGCAUCCCAGCACACACCACAUACUCUGGAGGGGGAGAGAACGUCAAGAUGAAUCGGCCUUGUCUUGGAGGAAAUGUACUCUGUUUUGAUUUUGCUCUCAAUAAACAUAAACCCUAA